CUUCUUCCGACCACCUUGUCCGCUCCACGAGGCCUGUUCUGUCUGGAUUUCAUUCAAUCCGCCGCGUCGCUCUUUCACUCUCUGGUGUUCAUCGCGUCUCCUGAACGCGAAUGUCCGAAUCUGAUGUCGACAGUCGACCCGCUCGUUCUUUGAGGAAUGGCAUCUCAUCUUCACUACCAUCUGUUGCGCUCAGUAAUAAACAUAUCAUGGAAGCCAUCGCAAGAUCUUCCGACAACGGCGCGACGCUCGAUUUAGCACACAAGGACCUCACUGAUGUGGGAGAGUCUGGCGUGGAGGAACUUGCCACCGUCUGUCGGGAUGCGAAAGGAGAAUGCGGCGUCAUAAGGAUUGCUCUUGCGUACAACCGCCUGACGACGUUACCCAUGGCACUCUCACUGCUCUCGCGUCUGAGGUACCUAGUGCUUCGAAAUAACAAUUUCUCGGUAUUUCCAGAUGUUUUGACCGUCAUGCCAUCGUUGGAGAUUCUGGAUAUCAGCCGUAACAAGAUUAAGCGGUUACCCUCCCAGCCAGGAUCGUUGACCAACCUGCGCGUGUUCUCCAUCGUGCGCAACAAGAUACACAAGCUCCCGCCUUACAUUAGCCAGUUCCGCGAGCUGACGUUACUGAAAGUCGACCAGAACCCAUGGGAGUGGCCACCAAAACAUGUUCUCCAGCCUGAUGAGAACUUGAACGAUCCAGAUCGCAUGAAAGAGUGGAUCAGACGCGUACAGACGUGGAUUGAAGAGAAUAUCGAGCCUCCUACUCAGCGGAAGACGAGCGAGGAUUCUAUCGGUGGCGUCAUCGAGCGUGAUGAAAUAGGCCCCGAUUUAAGUGAGGCUGCACAGUCUGUAGCUCAAACGUCAUCAAGCAAAGAUGAGAUCGCCAACUCUCCGUACCAUGCUCGUUCGUACUCUGUGGAGUCGGACUCUUCGAUCUACUCUCGACUGGAAUGCUCUUCCACGGAGCCAGAACAGGACAGGCCUCGUUUCCCGCGUUUCUUGCAAGGGUCCUCAAAGAGUCAUUCCCGCUCUGUUUCGCAUUCUCCUGAUUCCUGCUAUCCCCUGGAUGAAAUAAUGGAGUCCACCCAUGAAGAUAGUCCCAUUGCUCUUCGUGGCCGUCAGGGGCGCGCUGGAAAUGAUCUAACUGGCACAGACUCCAAGACCUCCAGUAGUUACAGCAACGUUACUGUCAGAAACAGCUUUUCAGAGCUGCGACCGCUCAAGUUACAGAGCAAAAGUGACGUGAUCCUGCCCCAACGUCCUGUAGCUCUUUUAGAGCCGACAGGGUCUGCACGACGCAAAGCGUCAGCGUCAACUGAUGAUCUUCCCGCCUCGUCGCCUAUUGCGGAGGUUGCAGCUGCGCCUUCCAUGGACAAGGAACGACAUUCUUACUUCCGUCGCUUUUCCGCUUUGACACCGUUGCACCUAUCGAAAGCAAUUCCAGAGGAUCUAUUGGCAUUGGUUGAUGCCGCGCGAGGCAUACUCUUCGGAGUCUCACGAAUCUAUGAGACUUUGCAACUCUAUACCCAUACGGAAUAUGCUAUUGACCAGCGACUGUCGACAGUCCUGAACAAGGUGCUUGACCCGGCCAGCGUCUACAUGACUGGCCUCAUCAAUGCUCUGGACCGCUUCGACACGAUGAGCGUGAAGGGUUUGCCUCCUCCGUCAGUCUGUAGAGCAGUUGUUGAGUGUUGUAGAGACAACGUGGCUGUCUUCGGGAAGGCGGUGGGAGUUUUGGCUCUUCAACUAAAGGUACUGGCAACACAUGACGACGUCCGUUAUACGAGGCAGAUGUUAUUGAAUCUUUACGGUUCUAUGGCCGAGAUUGCUAGCUCAUGGCAGGCCAUGGCUAUGCGAAUCGAGGCCGUCAAGCCGCUCCUCUGGGAAAUUCGCCCACCGCCCGCCGCCAAGUCGCAUGCUGCGCAGUCACCGUCUUCUGCUCGGUCAGCAGCUGCACAUAUCGCAGACUCGUCGACAUCAGACCAACCGCGUUUGAGACAUGGAGUGUCGCCGACGUCCCGGGAUCACGGUCAGACGCGAAUGGCCCGUCGGCAUGCAGGUUCGUUCAGCUACAAGGACGUUGAGAUCGGGAAGAUGCUACCGUCUUUCGUUGAUGCCCCUUCUUCACCUCUGACAGCUGGCGUUAUCAACGGUGCGGCUCCUUCGACGCCUGUGUUACGGUCGGCCAGGCGCAUGGCGACUGCAUUAGGUUCAACACCGCUGGGUACUCCUAAUGGCGAUUCUGCAGUACCGACAGCGUACCGCUGGGAUAGUCACUCACGUCAGGGAUCACAGAACUCCCUUCCGCCAUCAUCAUCUGGGCUCGCUUUGAGAACGGCUCAGGUGGAAACACCAUCCAAUACGAGCACGUUGGUGGACAAGGAGGCCAUCGACGCCGUGAAAAAAGCUCUGGACUUGGCUCCAGCGAUUUGGAACAUGAUGGAUAGGAUUCUUAAUGAUCGGGAGGGGGUAACAGAAGACGUCAAGGAGAUCGUUGAUCAAGCGAAAGUCGUGACAGAAAGGUUGAGACGCAACAUUGGGUACAUCCGAGAUGGUGUUCAGCCUACGGACAAACCUCUCCACGAUGAGGCUCGUACGUUUGCGAAGACUGUAAUCCAAUUAUCGAGUGCUAUCAAGACCCACAUGACCUCCCAUCCUCUUUCAUCUGAUUUGCGAACGAGCAUGGUCAACCUGACGAAUGCUACAGAAGAAUUUGUCAUUCUUCUACACGUUUCCUCGUUCUCUCCAGCUCCAACUCCUCGUCCUUACUCUCCUAUGGUAGCGCAAGGUGCUAUCGGAACGCCAGAGGAAAGCAAGUUGGGAGCAGGUCUCUCGCGUAGUCGAAGCGCUUUGCCCUCUGCCAGCUCAAAGCUGGCCUCUUCCCUACCGCAGCCACCCCACAGCGCUCUUCCGCACCAGUCAUUUUCGAUACCGAAUCCUCCGCGCAGUGCGCCUUUCAGAAGAGAAUUUAUCAACCAAUCUGCGGCCGUGUUGAGCUGA